AUGCCUUUCUCCCUGAUCCGCGCCACACCCGCCGCAUUCAUCUCUUCCUCAUCACAGAAAUCCGCCACUUCAGCAGCAGUUGCUACAGCCGGUGCCUCGGGCGAUUCUUCACGACUUCCAGUAACGGGUGGCAUCCGUCGCGAAGUGCCUCUUCCCAGUCAAGAACCCAAACAAGGUGCUAUGCAAUAUGCCCUGACAACACUCGAUCAGAUCGCCAAUUGGGCACGUCAAGGUUCACUGUGGCCGCUGACGUUCGGUCUGGCCUGUUGCGCCGUGGAAAUGAUGCACUUGUCUACACCCCGCUACGAUCAGGAUCGUCUUGGUAUAAUUUUCCGUGCCUCGCCUAGACAGUCGGAUGUAAUGAUCGUGGCUGGCACUCUUACAAAUAAAAUGGCCCCGGCUCUGCGACAAGUUUACGAUCAGAUGCCUGAACCGAGAUGGGUGAUUUCCAUGGGCAGCUGUGCCAAUGGUGGAGGUUAUUAUCACUACAGUUAUUCCGUCACCAGAGGUUGUGACAGGAUUGUCCCUGUGGACAUCUAUGUGCCUGGAUGUCCUCCAACGAGUGAAGCGUUGAUGUAUGGCAUUUUCCAGCUGCAAAAGAAGAUGAGACACACUCGGAUUACAAGGCUGUGGUACAGGAAGUAG